AUGGCCUUGACACCAAGUUGGAAGCUUAUUUUUGUUGCACUCUUGGUGUUGGAGAUUUGGGCAUCUCAAGCCACAGCUCGUUCGUUAAAUGAAGCAUCUAUGGUUGAAGAACACGAGCAAUGGAUGGCUCAAUAUGGACGCGUGUAUAAAGAUAAUGCAGAGAAGGAAAAGCGGUACAAUAUAUUUAAGGUGAACUUUGAGUUCGUUGACUCUUUCAACAGUGCUGGAACACGGCCUUACAAGCUAAGCAUCAAUCAAUUUGCUGAUUUAACGAAUAAAGAAUUUAGAACAUCUCGUAGUGGAUACAAAAUGUCCUCUUACAAAAAAUCUACCGGGGAGACAUCAUUUAGGUACGCAAAUGUGACAGCAAUUCCUUCUAGCAUGGACUGGAGAAAUAAGGGAGCUGUUACUGGAGUUAAGGACCAAGGCCAAUGUGGAUGUUGUUGGGCAUUCUCAGCAGUCGCAGCCAUGGAAGGAAUUAACCAGCUCACAACGGGAAAAUUGAUUUCAUUAUCUGAACAAGAACUUGUGGAUUGUGACACAAAAGGUGAAGAUCAGGGAUGUAAUGGAGGCCUCAUGGACGAUGCCUUUGAGUUCAUCCUCGGCAAUCAUGGCCUGACAACUGAAUCUAAUUACCCAUACAAUGGAGUUGAUGGCACGUGCAACACUAACAAGGAAUCCUCCCAUGCCGCCAUUAUUACAGGACACGAGGAUGUUCCAGCCAAUAGUGAGUCGUCAUUGCUGAAAGCCGUGGCUUACCAACCAGUAUCUGUUGCCAUUGAUGCUAGUGGAUCUGCCUUCCAAUUCUACUCAAGUGGAGUUUUCACUGGAGAAUGCGGGACUGAUCUAGACCAUGGUGUUACAGCAGUUGGUUAUGGGAAUACUAGUGAUGGAACCAAGUAUUGGUUAGUUAAGAAUUCGUGGGGAACGAGCUGGGGCGAGAGUGGAUACAUUCGAAUGCAGAGGGGUAUUGAUGCGGAGGAAGGCCUCUGUGGCAUUGCCAUGGAAGCUUCUUAUCCAACUAGUGAUAGUGGUAUUGCAUGA